GUUCAUCAGAGAACACACACAGGAGAGAAGCCUUUCGUCUGCUCUGACUGUGGAACUAGUUUCUCUCAACUUUCCAACUUAAAAUCACAUGAACGUAUACAUACAGGAGAUAAGCCAUACUCCUGCUCUGACUGUGGAAAAUGCUUCAAAACAUCAACUCUUAACGUUCAUCAGAGAACACACACAGGAGAGAAGCCUUACGUCUGCUCUGACUGUGGAACUAGUUUCUCUCAACUUUCCAACUUAAAAUCACAUGAACGUAUACAUACAGGGGAGAAGCCAUACUCCUGCUCUGACUGUGGAAAAUGUUUUAAAACAUCAAAAGAGCUAAAAGUUCAUCAGAGAACACACACAGGAGAGAAGCCUUUCGUCUGCUCUGACUGUGGAACUAGUUUCUCUCAACUUUCCAACUUAAAAUCACAUGAACGUAUACAUACAGGAGAUAAGCCAUACUCCUGCUCUGACUGUGGAAAAUGCUUCAAAACAUCAACUGUGCUAACAGUUCAUCAGAGAACACACACAGGAGAGAAGCCUUAUUCCUGCUCUGUGGAAGGGUGGGCGUGUAACUCAAACUUCUAGCCAAAGGCUGCUGUGUUUAGAAUCUCAUCAAGGAGGACUUUAGCAUUUUAGCAACUUUGCAACUACUUACUACUUUUUAGCUAUUACUUAGCAUGUUAGCUUAGCAUGUUAGCUUAGCAUGUUAGCUUA